GCACAAGAAAUAUUAAUUAUUAAAGAGGAGGAGGAGGAGGAAAGCCAAGGUUGUUUCCAAUGGAGGUGCUGCUAAAAAGGUCUCUUGUUGUUGAAGAGGACAAGAGACCUAAGAGUCUCGGUGAUGAAGAGGGUGGAGAUAUUGGAAAGUUGGGAGGUGAAAAACCAGCUGCGGACCGAGAUUUUUCCAAGUCACCUUCUCCCAACCAAAGCGAUUCAAUCAUUAACAAACAGGCUUCUGCUAAAAUCCCAAGCGAAAGAUCAUCUAUGGAUGCAUCAUCAAGACCAUCUUGUUUAAAACUCGAGGACUCUGUUACGAUGAGUAAGGUGGACCAGCUCGAAUCCACUAAAGCGGAAAUGGGCGAGGUAAGAGAAGAGAAUGAACGAUUGAAGACGACAUUAGCCCGCAUCUUUAAGGAUUACCAGUCUCUCCAAAUGCACUUCUUUGACAUUGUUCAACAACAGCAAGUCCAGAAACCUGUCGAGACCCCGCCAGCUCCAAAUGAAGUAGAAGAACCUGAGCUUGUUUCAUUGAGCCUUGGAACAACUUUAAGCGGACACAAGAAGGAAGAGAAGGUAAACACAAAUAAAAGCAAAGAGAAUCAUGAGCAGCUAGAAGGAGGCCUGACUCUUGGACUGGACUGCAAAUUUGAGGGAUCCAGUAGUAAUGGCACCAACGAACCUGGCUCCAACGUGAGCCCUGGAAAUAGCUUUGGGGAGCCUAAGGAAGCUGAACCUGAGGAGCCAUGGCCACCUAGCAAGACAUUGAAGAAUUUGCGAAGCGGUGAUGAUGAAGUUUCCCAGCAGCCCUUUGUCAAGAAAGCACGUGUUUCUGUGAGAGCACGAUGUGAUGCACCGACGAUGAAUGAUGGAUGUCAGUGGAGGAAGUAUGGGCAAAAGAUUGCAAAAGGUAAUCCAUGCCCACGAGCAUACUAUCGUUGCACUGUUGCACCGGCAUGCCCAGUCAGGAAGCAGGUGCAAAGGUGUGCAGAAGACACGUCCAUAUUGAUCACCACCUAUGAGGGGACCCAUAACCACCCACUUCCAAUCUCAGCCACCGCCAUGGCUUCUACAACCUCCGCUGCCGCUUGCAUGCUGAUGUCUGGCUCCUCCGCUUCUCGACCAACCCAUGGAUCUCUCACCUCCUCCUCCACUGUUACCACCACCACUGAUGCCAAACUCCAUGGCCUAAACUUCAACCUAUCAGGCAAUUCAAGACCAGGUCAUUUCUACCUUCCAAACCCUUCGCUCUCUUCCACCCCUUCCUACCCCACCAUCACACUAGACCUCACUGCUCCCCAAUCAUCCACCUCCCAACCUUCUCAUCAGUUCAAUAGGUUCUCCUCAAACUUUGCCACCAUUCCAAGAUACUCCUCGACAGGCUACAGUUUCUCUUCCUCAGAGUCUGACACCAUCCCAACAUCAUGGGGCAAUAGUUACCUUAACUAUGGAAACCAGCCAUAUAACAAGAGUUUCGUUGGCUCUUUGGGCCUCGGAAGACAAUCUCAGGAUCCUUUCUACCAAUCUUAUUUGAACAAGGCCCCUAACCCAAGUGCUCCCGCUCCAAGUCAGAAUUCACUGACGGACACAAUUGCUCAAGCUAUCACGUCAGACCCGAGCUUCCAUUCGGCGAUAGCAGCUGCCAUCACUUCGUACGUUGGAGCCAAUGGAGCUCAAGGUGGGAGAAGGGAGGGUCCAGGCCAUGGCCCGAAAUGGGGAGAACACUUCAACUCGGUCCCUCCCUUCUCAGGUACAGCAACCGGGAAUGGUUGUGCAUCGAGCUACUUGACUACUCGGUCGACGGCUUCAAGCUCAAACCCCCAGCAAGGGAACUUGACGUUCCUCCAGCCUUCUUUGGGCUUUCCUGCUUCCAAGAGUGCCUCUGCCUCUCCGGUGGCUAAUAGAGACAACACCAACUGAAGGCCCAUUUUGGAUUUAAUUCUGUUUUCAUUUUGUUCUGGGAAUUUUGGAAUUUAUCGGAGCAUGAGGAUCUAUUCAAAUGGUUGGACUGAAAAUCUUAUAGGAUUUGCGGAUUGAACUAGUACAAUCAAAUAAUCUUAUGAUUUUACUGAUUGUACUGGUCCAAUUCAUGAAAUAUUUCAUAAGAUUUUAAGUCCAAUCAUCCCAACAGGCUUCGAGAAGUUUUAAAUGACAAUUGGAAAGCGGGUUGAGAUAGAUACGCUCAGGCAUUAUUGUUUCAGAAUGUACAGUGCAAGGAAGACAACUAAGUCUGACCGUGUGAAUAAAAAUGGUGAUGGUGAUCCAGGGGUAAUCCAUGAAACUAGGCCUGAUAUACAACCAGACUAUUUCAGGUAUUUAUUGGGAAGUGGUUUCUGAUUUCUUGGAGUGCUCCAUACUCUGCUCCAAGAAGAAUUUGUAAGCUCAUUCCUGAGUGUGUUCUCUCCUUGUUCUUCUCUUAGAUUUUUUUUCUUUUUUCUUUUUUUUUUGUUUCGGAUUUCUUUUGUUUUCUGUUUCAUCGUACAUACUUCUUCCAUUUUCUGAAUAAAUUUUAAGAUGGUAAAGGCCUCUUUCAA